AUGAAGAGUCUGAUUGGCUUCCUGUCUUCUCUGGUUCUGAUCGCCUCUGCGAUUUCACCAGCAAGUUCGAGCUCUGUUGCUAAUAAGUUAAUUGAAUGCAUAGCCAACAACAACAUCAACCCGAGCUCGUUCCAAACCAUAUUCAACCCUGAAUCUUCUCUAUUCUCGCUCCUUCUCCAAUCAAGAGUCCAAAACCUGAGAUACAUUAACUCCACCACCAAGCCGCUCCUCAUUCUGACUCCUUCCGACGAUACCCAAAUCCAAUCCGCCCUACUCUGCAGCAGGGAACAGGGGAUUGAGAUCAGAGCCCGCUGCGGCGGCCACGAUUACGCAGGCAUUUCAUACCUCAGCGACAAGCCUUACAUCGUCAUCGACCUCUUCAAUCUCAACGAAGUACAGGUCGAUGUCAAGGAAGAGACGGCGUGGGUCCAAAGCGGCGCUCAGCUUGGAGAGCUCUACUACGCGAUCGCGAGGCAGAGCACCCAUCUCGCUUUCCCGGCGGGACUCUGCCCCACGGUUGGAGUCGGAGGCCACUUCGGCGGUGGCGGGUUCGGUACUCUGGUCAGAAAGUACGGCCUGGCCGCGGAUAAUGUGAUCGAUGCUUACCUGAUGGAUGCUCGUGGCAGGAUUCUGAACAGAAAGGCAAUGGGGGAAGAGGUUUUCUGGGCAAUUAAAGGCGGCGGAGCGGGAAGCUUCGGAAUUGUGCUGUCGUGGAAGGUGAAACUAGUCAGAGUUCCUCAGAAAUUGACAUACUUCACUGUUACCAAGACGCUGGAGGAAGGCGCGAACAAGCUGAUCCAUCAAUGGCAGAGAUUCGCACACGACGUGCACGAGGAUUUGUUCGUCAGGAUUUUGCUUCUCAACGUCGGCGGAGGAGACGACAAGAAGAAGAAGACGGUUCAAGCAAAUUUCCAGGCUCUGUUUCUGGGAACAAAAGACAGAGUCAUCCCUCUGAUGAACAAGAGCUUUCCGGAAUUGGGCCUGAAGGCAGAGAACUGCACGGAAGGGACAUGGGCCGAUUCCGUGCUCAAUUUCGCCGGAUUCAAGCCCGGAGUUCCACCGGAAGUAUUGCUGGACAAAACCCAGAUGUUCAAGGCCAAGUUCAAGGCUAAAACCGACUUCGUGACAGAGCCGGUACCGGAAUCGGCAUUCGAAGGGAUAUGGAAAAUGAUGCUGGAGGAAGAUGUGCCAAUUGUGAUUCUUGAACCUCUUGGCGGGAAGAUGAACAAGAUCCCUGAAUCCUACACUCCAUUCCCGCACAGGAAAGGGCAUUUAUAUAACAUUCAGUACCUGGUGAAGUGGGAUAAGAAUGGGAAGGAGGAAGAAGAGAGGCACUUGGAAUGGAUGAAGAGGCUUUACGAUUACAUGGAGCCUCAUGUUUCCAAGUCCCCUAGGGCGGCUUAUCUCAACUACAGGGACCUUGACAUAGGGAUGAACUCGGCCGGCGGGAAGACGAGCUUCUCGGAGGCGAGUGUAUGGGGGCAGAGGUACUUCAGGGACAAUUUCAAGAGGCUGACAGAAGUGAAGGGCAUGUUCGAUCCAGAAAAUUUCUUCAGGAAUGAACAAAGCAUUCCUCUGCUUCAUAAGUGA